CUUUUUUAAUGGGCCGAGAAAGGAGGGCCUUUCUACUAGACGACGUCGUUUUCUUGUUGCGAAUACCGUUUCCCUCUUCCCUUAGACCCUCUUGCCCUCUUGCGUCUCGCGGUAAUGGCGGCGGCGACGGAAAAUGACGACACCGGCCUCGAUAAUCAGCUUAAUCAAGGCUCAGAACCGGCACCGGUUGACCUUUCGCCUCCGGAAGAACAGAAACCUUUGUCGAAGAAUGCACAGAAGAAGCAACUGAAGCAGCAAAGAUACGAAGCGAAGAAAGCUGAGAAGAAGGCACAGGAGAAGGAGCACAAGAGGAAGGAAGGUGAGAGAAAGCACAAGGAGUGGGAAGAAACGCUAGCGAACGCGACGGAGGAAGAGAGGCUGAAGCUGAUAGAGUCUAGGAAGAAUCUUCGGAAGGAGAGAAUGGAGAAGAGGUCGGAGGAGAAAGAGAAGAAGAAGGAGCGGCUCACUCGAGCCAAAGAGAUCGGUCAAAAUGUCGUCAUAGAUGUUGAUUUUGCUCAUCUCAUGUCCGAGUCCGAGAUCUCCAGCCUCGUUCAGCAGAUAAUGUAUUGCUAUGCGGUGAAUGGGAGAAGCACUUCCCCUUGUCAUCUAUGGCUUACAGGAGUCCAAGGGGAGAUGAGUACUCAGCUUGACAAGCUUCCAGGUUUUGAGAAAUGGUUCAUAGAGAAGGAAAGUCGGUGUUACAUUGAGGCAAUGGCUGAUCGGAAAGAGGAUUUGGUCUACCUUACUGCGGAUUCCGAAACUGUUUUGGAUGACCUUGACCCCAAGAGUAUCUACAUUAUUGGUGGCUUAGUGGAUCGAAACCGGUUCAAAGGGAUCACCAUGACCAAGGCACAAGAACAAGGCAUUCAAACAGCUAAACUUCCCAUAGGAGAGUAUAUGAAAAUGUCAAGUUCUCAGGUUCUCACUGUGAACCAAGUUGUGGAGAUACUCGUGAAGUUUCUGGAAACGAGGGACUGGAAAACAUCGUUCUUCACUGUGAUUCCUCAGAGGAAAAGAACCGGAGUUGAUCUUGUUGACUGUUCGAAAUUGGAACCUCUUUCUGAAGAGCAUCAAGAGAAAGAGGGUGAUGCGGACGAGAGUACGGAGAAACAUGAACUUCUGGAGAGGAAAAAGGUAUGCAUUGAAGUUCCUCUGGAAAGUGGUAGCUAGAUGAAGACUAUGCGUAUGAGAGCUGUUUUUGUUUCCAUUGAACACUGAUUUCUGGAGCUGAGAAUUGGAAUAUGGAAUGCUUAAGUCCCUUUAUAAUGAAAAUGAAAUUUUCACUGUCGUUUCCUAAUAUUAAAGAUCGCACGCAUGCUGUUUGGAAACCUAAUGCUUUAUUAACAUAACUUUUCCACAAGAAAGAUCAGAUGAAAACACCAGGUUCGUUCAAGGAGAAGAUAAUAAACAGAUACAAAGCAUCAUUUUUUUUUCUUUGCUUAACUUGAACUCAAAAACUAUAAGUUGCCCCUACUAACAGUUAUGAGUUAUGACUCUCCCUCUGUCAGCUGUCAACUUAAUUAGCCAUUGUUCUCAGUACUUAUGUUGCUGAGUAGGAAAUACUUCAACUCUGGCGCCACUUGUUGCCGAUGAUGAACCACCCAUUUUAGAAUUAGGUUCGUUCCCACUGAAAACAAACCCGUUCUGAUGACGAUAAUGGUACUGCGCCAUGUGAAUCCCUGGCACAGCCCCGUAGGCUCCAUACUCGGCCAUGGUACCAUUAGGCCUCUUGACCACCAAGCUGCUGGUCAUACUAACCGAUCCAGCACCGCAGCUAACCCCUCUGUCACCUUCCAACUCUCUGUAGCGGUGGAGGUACAAUGUGAGUGGCUCGAUGUAAUCAUCAAAACCAAGCUUGCUCAUUGCCCACAAGACAUCCUCAGCAGUGAUGGUCUUGCGCUGUUCCCGCUGGCAACGCUCGUUGGCCUCCCCUGUUAUGAAGCUGAUGUACUCCGAGACACACUCUUGGAUCGUCUCCUUGGAGUCGUCUGAAAUCUUGGCGUGAGCAGGCAAGAUCCUCCGCAUGAUCCGAAUCACGUUGGCAAUAGGCAUGAACCUGUCUUGCUCUCUCACCGUGCACUCCUCUUCGCCGCCAUUAGCGGUUUUGCUAGGCUGGUUGAAUUCUGUGAGAUGCAUGCUGCCCUCUGCCAUCAAAAACUUCGCUGGGUAAACGCAACAAAAAACAAAGAAAAUUGAGUUUUAGUGCAUAAUCGAUUUGUAAACUGUUUUAAGUUGCGAAAGUUUGAGCUUUUAUGACGUCUGCAUGCGCCAUUAGCACACCGGAUUCUAAGACUGACAAAAGCUUCAAUUGCAA